CCGGGGUGCGCGGGGGGCUCGGCGCGCUCCGGGAGGUAGCGGGAACGGGCGGCGCACCUGGCGAGGGUGCCCGGAGUAGCCCCAGAGGGACCCCGCGGUGACUCUCGGAACAGGCGGCCUAGGGCGAGCCGCGCGCUGUCGCUGUCCGGUCGCGGCGCGGUGGCCGGGGCAGUGCCGCGGGAAGCCGUAAUCCCCAGGUCGGUGUUGUUUCGCCCUCCGCUCUUCACGAGCUUUACAGUUCGCUGUGGUGACAUUGCGUGGGCAGUUUACUAGUCAAUAUCCAGUGCUGCUCCAUGCCUGGCACCUUGGGCUCCAACGUGGGGAUGCCUCCCUCGCUUGAGGAAUGCGCAUCUGCAUGCACAUCACAUCACAUCCUUGUUGAAUAAUUUCAUCGGUUAGUCCAGUUGUGGUGUGUGGUUGGAACGUCCUUUUAUGCCUUUUAAAUCUACCACUGUUCUUCCAGGCAAAGCAGAAUGUCACAUUGGAAAUAAAAAUACUUAGGGUGGUCACUUGCUGAGAAUACAUUUUCGUAAUUAUAAUCUAAAAUAAAGCAGAAACUUAAUAAACAAUAAAAGUCGGCUGUAUUUCCUUACAUAGAACUGAAGUCCGUAAUUUUGCCAUCAGUCUGUUUGCAACUUUCUCUUGACUAAAGGUGCCAAAUUUCUGGGGGAAAAACCACAACCUUUGAAGCAAAAACUUUCUGAUACGUUACUACUAGAAAACGGAACUUUUUAAAGCUCCAGCUUUUUAAAACGUGUUUUUUAAUUAGUAUGAGCACAAGGUUUUUACAGGCACAUCUAAACUGGUAGAAAACCACUGCACUUUUGUUAGUAUUUAUUUGACAUGCAAGUACAUAGGGAGUUUACCUGGUCUGUCACUUAAAGCUGUCUGUCAGUUUUCUGGACUAAAAGACUGAAUUUUCGCUGAUAAAAUUGGAUUGGUUUUCGUUGUCAGAUUUGUCAAUAGUGAAGAAGAACAGAUUCAUCUCUGUGUAAUUUUGCUGUAUAAUUCUGAGUUGAAGCUCUUUCACAUCUCAAAGUAGCAAUCCCUACAUGUAGCUUAAUUAGAAAGCUACUAGUAAAACCCAAGAUUUCCCUCUGUGGUCUAAAAGAUGAGAAGCAAACAAGGCCUGAUGCUCUACUUGUUUUCAGCCACUGAAGUUUAUGCUCACUCAGUGCGACAAAAGAAAAAUGAAGAAUUUAGUUGGGGAAAAUUCUAAGUGUGCAAUUUUUGUCAGCUCAGUUUCCUAAAUGGUUAUAAUUAGGUAAGAAAUUUUUCACUUCCCAUUAUGUAGUGCAAAUUCUGUAUGUUCUGCUCAUUAUAGCAUAGGUUUAAUUUGUAUCUUUUAGUGGCCAGUAAAAGUGGGGUUUGUGUAUGGUGACCUUUAUGGCACGUUUAGCAUAGAGUUCCCUGUAUUACAGGUGUAGAAUAUAGCAACUCAGUGAGUAUUGUAAAAUAUGGUGAAAAGAGCAAGCGUUUAAUGUAGAAUCACUUUUAUAAAUACAGAUAGAAUACUGGAGAAGAGCAAACUAGGUUAUUUUCAGGAAAGUAUAUUAAUUCUUGGAAGUUUGGGCUUUAUGAAUUUGUUUUCCUGUUUAUUUCUGGUGGCUGGAAUAUGCCACUGUUCCAGGUAUGUGUUUCUGUUGGUCUUGGAUUGUAUUAUAUUUACUAACAUGGAAGACAUCCAAUCUGAUGAGGCAAAAAUGUGUUUUACAAAAUUAAUGAUACCUGAGCUUAUUUGCAUUGGGGCAUGGUGGUUGCUGAACUUUGAUAUACGAUUAAAUCUCUCCUAUUCUAAGGUGAGAUUACACUGAGUAAACAGCCUUGUUCUUAUCCUUGUUGAUUAAUGAUCUAUAUUUACACAAGCCUGAUAGUUGCUUUAAUGCACCAUGUCAAAGACCAUGAAGUUCUAAAUUGGAAAUGCCUUUAAACAAUGGCACUGUCAUUAGAGGACUUUAUCUCUUAAUUUUAUUGCCACAACAGGGUAGACACUUAAUGAAUAAACAAACAGCACUCAUUGGUGAAUUUUGGAAAUUAUGCAUUUUACAGAGAGUGCUUGCGGAUGUGAGGUGAGCCUAGCCUUUGUUCCAUUAUAGUCAAAAAGUAUCUGCAAAAUUAAUAUUUUAACCAACCUAUGGGAUGGUUGGGUUUUUUGUGGAUUAAUUUAUUUAACCUUUGACCAGAAACUCAUUUCCAUACUUGGAAUAGGUAUGCACUUUUCUCAUUUUGCUUUUUGUUCCGUAUUGUCUCUCAUAUUUUUUGCUUUAAAUUUAAGAGCCCUUCAGUAUUUAAUUUCUUGUUUCUAACUAGUUUUUGAGGGCUUGUUGAAAUCAUUCAGCUAAUUAUAAGAUACUUUUCCGUGUUCCUGUGGUCCUCAGUCAAUGAUUAAAGCGAUAUAAUCUGGUGUAUUUUAUAAACUUACUUAGUUUUCUACUCUUCUGAAUUAUGUGGUUUCUAGCCAAUUGUGAAUUGACUACUUCAAAAGCAGCACUUAGUAACUUGUAAAAUGCCCAUUUGGUUUAACCAAGUAUAACUUGGAAAAGCAGUUAUAUUUUUCAAAGGUGUUUUCUCUUUCCAUGAAUGGUAAGAAGUGUUAUUUUUAGCAGUUACUGGUUUAGUUGUGACAGUAAAGCUUAGCUUUGGGAGUCAGAACAUGUUGUAGAUAGAGAAAAUACUGCAACUUCAUCAGUGUCAUUUGGAAGCAUAUUGCAAAACUAAACUUUUUUUUUUUCUUCCAAUGGAGUUUGUUCGGCUGUCCUUACUCUUUUGAAACCUUAGAUUGUUGGAUACCUAGUAUAAAUGCUAAAGACAUGAAGUUAACUAAUUACUCUUGGCAUCUGGCUAAUCAGCUCUUCUAUAAUCCUAAACCAACCUGAACACUUUGCCUUUUUUUCCUCAAUUUGGUGUAGUUUGGAUAUCCAGCAAACCAAAGCACUGUAAGUAAUGGGUGUGAAAUGACCUGAAAGUAACAGGCCUGUGCAAGUAAGGCUGUGAAAGAGAUGAGAGGGAUGUGAGGGUAGGGUGGUGCAGAUGCUUGGGGACCCAAGUAUAGCCUCAGCUCUUUCCUGUGCUGGUGAAAGGUAUGUGUCCAGGAGGGAUUUUUAGUGCUGAGGGCCAAGUGCUGUAUUUGGCUCUCUUCACUGCUAAUCAACUCCUGCAGCCUCAAAUCAGAGCAGCUGCAUGCAAACUGCCUGUUAAUAGUAAUCCAUAGUAACUCCUGCUCUGUAUCCAGGUGUAGUUUGGGUGAGUGUCAGGUGGCUCGGACCAAAAUGGUGCGAGAAUAGUGCAACUACACAGCCUGGCAGUAUUUAAUACCAUGUCUUAAUUUGUUCGGGUCAGUGUAGUCUGCAGUGAAUGUGAGUUGCUGCUGUCUCACAGGAUGUGUUACCUAGGGAGAACUCGGAGCUGUCACCUGAUGGGCUGUGGGGGACAUAGGUACCAGAGUUCAUUGCAUGGAAGGCUAAGGGGAAUAUCACACCUGCAUAGGAACCUAUGCUUCAUUAGUUCCACUGUUUACACAACAGCUUUUUGUAUUGAAGUUUUUUGUAGAACAGUCUGAAUUUUCUUGAUGAAAAGAUAAACCUGUGUAAUAUUUUUAUUUGCCUUCAAGCUUUGUUUGGAUUGCAUUUACAGGCUUUUCUCCAUAACCAGGAGGGCCUAACAUUUGUUUUCUUUAGCAAAAUGAAUUUCAUGUAGUUGCUUGUCUGCUUUAUGAAAAAUACAAAUGCUUUAUAUAAACAUAAAUAUGUAGAGAUUUGUAAUAAAAUUAGAUUUGCUGUCAGAUACUAACCUUUGCAUUGGAAACUAUCAGCUGGCUUCUUCAAUGAUGCUGUCAGGAGACAAACCUGAUUAGAAAGGCUUCAACAUAAAUGGUUUCAUGGGUCAUUAUUAUUUCAAUAAACUGUUGGGGUUUUUAGAAGUUUGGAGGACUGCAGUGCUGAAUUAUUUGGCUACUGUCCAGAAAUACAGCUAAUUAAACUGCUGUAGUGUUGUUUUUUAUUUACCUUCAAAUAAUAAGUAUCAGAGCUGGGACUUGAUAGUGAAAACUUCUAAUAAUUUAGACAAAUAGGGAAAUACUUACUUCUAAAUAAAAUGUACUCAUGCCUAAUACUAAUUAGCACAGAUUGAAUUAUUAACUUCAAGUCUACGGACCAUUUAUGUUAAUGAUGGUUGUUAAAUACUUUAAAUAGAAUGGUGAAUUCCGAGGGAGAAGCAGCUGUUGUGUUGAGCCACUUCUAACUGAGGACUGAAAAUGCGAGCAGUUGAAAGUGAGGCAAAGGCAAAAACCAAAGUCCGCUUUGAGGAAAUCUUCAGGCGCCAUGCUGGCCUAGCAGACACAAAGAAAUCAAAGAAAAAGAAGUUUGACUCUCAGGAGAGUAUUGUGCUUGAUACCUUUAGAAAUAAUAUUGAUCUAUCUAAGGAAAGUGUGAAUGAUGAAGCAAUUAUAAACAACACAUAUAAUCCUGAAGAAGAGAGCCCCAGAUUUACAAAAAAUAAAUUGAGAGAGAAAGCGUCAAUUGCAGAGAAAAUAAACAAUGAUGUUGUUAGUGGAGAGGAGAAGAAGCAGCCAAAGUCGAACAGGAAGAAAAAGAAAUCACUGUUACAAGAACAAUUUAAUGACGAGGAAGAUUUAUAUGAAGCUAAAUUGGGGAGUUUUGAAGAAAAGACUAAUGAUUUUCCAAAGAAGAAAACAAAAAGUAAAUCACAAACAGAUGUACCUCAUCAAGAAGGUGAUAGAAAGAUCAAAAAUUCCUUGACUGAAGUGAGAAAUGUAACUGAAUUAGAAGAAGAAGAGCAGCUAAUUCAAGCCUAUCAGCUGCAUGUGGCUGAGGAAGAGGCAAAUGCAAUUAAAAAGAAAAUGAGAAAGAAACUUAAAGAACAGAUGUCUGAAUCUACCUCCACUGUUCAAAGGCAUGAAGUUGCAUUGAAUAAUGAAGUGGGCAAAAAGAAGAAAAAGAAGAAAGAACGAGCAAUUUUAAGUGAAGCUGAAACAAGUGCAAUGUCCCUUUCUGAGCUGCAGCAUCAUCCAGAAGGUGGCAAUGAAGGUCAGUCACUUGAAACACUGUUUACAUCAGAAGGCCAGAAACUGGAGGAGAGCAUGGAUAAACAGAAACCUAAAGCCAAGAAGGUUAAGAAGAAAACCAGAAAAGAAGAAACCAUGGAAAUUGCUGCAGAAAAUGAUGAGGAAAUGAAGAAUUCAGAAAUUUCAACUCAGUCUAAAUUUGGUUUUGGUGAUGAUCUUGUUUUGGGAGUUUAUAUCCAUCGAUCAGAUCGACUUAAAAUUGAUCACUUGAUAUCUCAUCCUGUGGUUAAAAUCCAUAUUGUUGAUCAGAGGAGUGGCUUAUAUGUCAAGAAGGAUUAUAGCAAGAAGGAAGAUUCAUCUUAUGAACAAGAAGAAAUACAGCACAUUCUUCCUAUAAUGACACAACCAUGUGACUUUAGAAAGUCUAAAUCAGCAAUUCCAGAGUGGGAAGAGCAAGUAAUAUUUAAUGAGCGUUUUACUUACUUUAUUCAAAACACUGAGGAAAACCCUCAGGUUAUCCUGUUUUUUGAGGUCCUUGAUUCUCUACGUAUGAAUGAAAUGAGAGCCAACUCUGAUAUACAAGUUCAGGAAGGUCGUUACCGAAAAAUUUGUUGGGCAUUUCUAAAGCUUGUAGGUGCAAAUGGAGUUCUAAAUGUUGGUGGAAAACUUCGUCUACAAUUAUAUUACCCACCUUCAAGGACCAAGUCAUAUUCAAAUGCUGUUGAGGUUUAUGACUGGUGGGCAAAAUGUCCUAGAAAUCGUUACCCAUCAACGUUAUACAUAACUGUAAAAGGCCUAAAACUGCCAGAUCAUGUUGGUCCUUCUUUUCACUCCAUGGCAGCUGUUCAACAGGAACAAGCUAAUACAGCACUGUCAGAACUCCAGAGAGAAGGAUAUGAACCUUCUUCAGAGGAGAAGGAGCCAUUUAAAUGGUCAAGAUUGCCUGGACAGGCUUGCCGCAUACCCAACAAGCACCUGUUUUCCCUGCGAGGUGGGGAUAUGGGCUGCUUCUGUAUCCGCUUCUCUCAUGAUGGGAGAACACUGGCAGCAGCAUGUGCAGGAAGGAAUGGCUAUCCUAUUGCUUUGUAUGAAAUUCCUUCUGGACAGCUCUUGAGAGAAUUUUAUGGUCACCUUAACAUAGUGUAUGAUCUUUGUUGGUCAAAAGACAAUCAAUAUCUUCUUACUGCUUCCUCUGACGGCACUGUCAGAAUGUGGAAAAUAGAAAUGAAGGCGGCCUCUGCAGAGAGAGUUUUCCCUCAUCCUUCAUUUGUCUAUACUGCCAAGUACCACCCAAUUGCUGACUCGUUGGUUGUGACAGGAUGUUACGACUCAGUGAUUAGAAUCUGGAAUGCAAAUGUGAAAGAAAUCCAUGGGCAACUACUACAGGAGCUUGAUGGUCACAAAAGUUUCAUCAACACACUUUGUUUUGAUGCAGAAGGACACCACAUGUUCUCAGGAGAUAGUUCAGGACUGAUAAUAGUUUGGGAUACACCUGUCAAAGGAAGUUCUCAACACCUUUUUCAACACUGGAAGAUAAAUAAGGAAAUAAAAGAAAAUGAUAUUAAAGGAACACCAAUAAAUCAUUUGGAAGUGCAUCCGAAUGGAAGGCAUUUAUUAAUCCAUGCCAAAGACAGUACCCUGAGAAUUAUGGACCUCAGAAUCUUGGCUGCAAAGAAAUACAUAGGUGCCACAAAUUACAGAGAAAAGAUUCACAGCACCUUAACACCAUGUGGUACAUUCCUGUUUUCAGGAAGUGAAGAUGGAAAGGCUUAUGUUUGGAAUCCAGAAACAGGAGAUCAGGUGGCCAUAUAUUCUGAACUCUCCUUCACAUCUCCACUUCGUGAUGUUGCCUUUCAUCCACAUGAACACAUGGUGUCUUUUUGUGCCUUUGGUCAAAACCAUCCAAUACUUGUAUACAUUUAUGAUUAUAAAGUUGCACAACAGGAAGCUGAACUCGUAAGAGAUCUCAGUUCAUCACUUACCACAGCUGCACCAAGAGGGCCACACUUCUUUAGCAGUUUUUCUGAAAUUCCUGUACAAAAGAGCUCAGUGAUGUCUCCAGCAGAUCAGUUUGUCAAUGUUGCAAGAGCAUCAAUGAGAAUGCAGAAGGUGAAACAAAAACUUGAUUCUGUUAUGGCGAGCUCAAAUCUCUUGCUUCCUGCAUCAUCAUCUCUGUCACCACACUCCAAGCUAAGACUGCCAGGCACUCUGAGUACUCCACUGAAUCCUCUGUAUGCUUUCACUACUGAGGGCGGGUGCUUCAGCCCAGUAGGAAAUCCUCUUAGUCGAACACUAUUGGGUAGACUACAGACGAAUUAUGACAGCCUGACUGCGUUGGGAGUGGGAGGAGGAAACAGUUGUCCACCCGGGCAAGAGACAGUAGUGGCUCUUUAUGACUACACAGCGCAUCGAUCAGAUGAGCUAACCAUCCAUCGCAGUGACAUUAUCCAAGUGUUAUACAAAGAUAAUGAUAACUGGUGGUUUGGCAGCCUAGCAAAUGGACAGCAAGGCUAUUUUCCAGCUAAUUAUGUGGCUGGUGAAAAAGAAUAUGAAGAACAGCCUUCAGGAUUAGUACCAGAUUCUGCUCCUCUCCUACCAGAAGGACCAACAGAAGCAGAAGAAGGUUCUCUGACUCUAGAUAAGAUGACACCAGUCACCAGUAAGUCAGGGGACCUAAAAUUUAUCUCCAGACAUGACACAGAUAGAGACUCAUCUGCAACACAAGGUACAAAGGAAAAGAAGAAAAGGAUACAAAGGAAUGAGAGAGAAAAUCAGCACAACUUAAUGAGUGUCGAUACUCCUCUGUCAUCAGUUACAGCUAAUGGUGUUGAAAACGAACCUACAUCCCAUGGGGUGGAAUUGAAGAAGAAGAAGAAAAAGGCAGCAAGAGGCUCAAACUUAAGCACAAAUGGAAGGACAAAUAUUGCCUUUGAGCCCGAAUGCCAUGACGCAGAGGCAUAAUUUAUUUCUGAAUACUGGGGUGAUGUUCAUUAGACAUGUUGAAGGCUGCAAUUAUGAUCUCUCCUCUAGGACUAACAACAAACAAAGAAAUUAAAAUACUUAAAUAUGCAAAAUGGUACCAGUUGUGACUUAUCAAUGGUGCAAACCAGUUUUGGAUGACUUUUGCCCUGGGUUCCUUGAAAUCAACAUAACUUGGAGGUUCAGCUCCUCACUGGACUGGAAAAGAACUGAAACUGUCAAAUACCUUGUUUCCUAAUUUGAUAUCUGAUUAAACCUUCACUUAGGCAUUUAUGUGGGCUGUAGAUCAAUCCAUUGGGAGCAGAGAAUCAAGUGAAAAAGUGUGGUCUAGAGCAAAACAAGCCCAACCACUACGUAAGUUAUUAAAUUAGCAUUUUAAAGUAUGCUUUAAGUAAAAUAGAAGAGUGUUCAGAAUGGUAAAAAACCAAAGGAGUGCUGACAUUAAGGUGUACCUGAAAACAUAAGCUUUUAAAAAAUAUUUUCCUGACAUCUAGUAUCUGUUUGGACUGCAUUUUGCAGCUCUGAAGGGAAUUGUGGAAUAACUACCUAUGCAACUACACUGUCUUCAGUAGGACUACUUGUUCUUAUCAAAAUAUAUUAGUGUUGCAAAUUCCAGGCAGUUAUAUUUUUCAAAUGAGGUGUGCUGCACAUAGUAAAGAUUCACUGCAGUUUUGUCAGAGUUCCUGGCUGCUGUGGCAGCAGUCUUGCCAAAUGUACUUUCUUUUGUCUGAAUGAAAUAUUUCAUAUCUAACUGUGCUGUUCGUUUUACUUGUAGUCCUUAUUCACUUGUAAGCAUCAUUAAUCUAUUUUUUUACUUGAGUAUUAUUUUGUGAACUUUUACUAUUGAAUUCACUAAUUAUCUAUGGUGUUAAAUAAUUUAUAUUUUAUAUUAAACAGAACGCUUUCUAUCA